AUGGGAGCAUUAUAUAAAUGUUAAACCAAUUAUUAAUGCUCAGAGAGUUUGAUUGAUUUGAUUAUAAGUAGUGGGAUUCUGUAUUAUUUUAUAAUGAAAGCUAAACUCAUGUUUGAGAGGAAUAAUGGGAUUUUAUUAUUAAUUGAUCAAGCAUUGUGCGCAAUGAGCAUAUUUUAGAUGAUGCUCCAAGUGUUGUACUUUAUGUUUGCAAAAUCCAGCAUUUGGCUAAUCAGCUUAAGAUCCAUAGGAUUGGUGUUAGAAUUAUUAAUAUGCAUAAUAUUAAUAAGUGUAAUUUUGGAAAAGGAAAAACAUGAGCAACUUUUUAAUGCAGGGCGUUUGGGAUUGUUCUUGAUUGGACUAGAGUGUGUAUAUUAUUGUGGAAAAACAACAAGUUAUCAGUGCAAUGAGAUCUCGAACCUGUUUAUGUCUUUCAUUGGUUUGAUGUUGUCAAUCGUAGCAUUUGUCUUUGGAUUUUAGUGCGUUCAUUAGUUGCAUCAAUACAAGGAGUACUUAUUGGAUAACAAAAACGAUUCCUUUGCCCAUCAACUGCUUAAAUUAGAAACCCGCAUAAUCCAGAUCAAAAUAUUAAAACUGAGUGGCUUGGUGUAAUUUGGAGUCCAAUUCUGUUGGGAUUCCUUAGCAUACUUCCUAUCCUCCACCACAAUAGAGUGCACUCGUUACUUCAUACCCACAACCAUGUUAACAGUUUUAAUAUAUUCCUUAUUGAAAUUGAUAUCAUUGAUAACACUCCCAGUUGCUGUUUUCUUGGUGUGUUAUGAAUGCAACAAAGAGUACUUUGGAAUCAAUCAUAAUAUUUGGAACUUUUCAAGAAGUCACAGAUCAUUAAAAGUGUUGCCAGAUCACGAACAAUUGAAUUACGUAGAAAUGUCCGAAAUUAAAUGA